AUGGAAAUAGAAGAAAAGUAUAAAAAAAUUAUUGAUGCAUUGUAUGAUACAUGGUCUAAUGAUCAUGAGCGUAGAAAAGAGUCUGAACAGAUUUUAAAUAAUUUAGAAAAAGAUGAAAAUUUUAUAAUGAGUUUAUUAAUUAUAUGUUCCUAUACGAAUGUUCAUUAUAAUAUACGUAAAUUGGCAAUUAUUUUGUCAAAAAAUUUAAUAGUAAGGUAUUGGAAUUGUAGGGAUCAAUUUCAUUUUAAUAAUGAUAUAAAAAAAUUAGUAAAAAAUAAAAUUAUUGAAAUAUUAAACAGAGUAGAUAAUUUAAAUAAUUAUAGAGAAUUUUGCAUUUUAUUAAAAAAAAUAGCUAGAUAUGAACUUGUUCAUAAUUAUCCUGAACUGUUAGAAUGUUUAUUAUACAAUAUAAAUAUACACAAAAACAAUAUGAACAGUUUAUAUAUAUAUAUAUAUUUGCUUUAUAAAAUAAUAAGAGAACAAUGUAGUAAAAAGUUAUUAAAAGAUAAAAAGGAAACUUUUAAUAUAUCAGAAAAAUUUAUAAAUUCUUUAGAACCAUUCUGGAAUAAUUGUAUUAAUUUAUAUUUUCAGAAUAAUAUAGAAUUUUGUAUUUGUAGUGAUGAAUCUAAUUGUACGAAUUGUAAUAAAUUACAUAUUUUAAUUAAUGAUUACGAAAAGAAAAUGUUCACUUCUGGUGAUAACAUGGAGGAUAAAUGUUCCAUGAAUAAUAAUGAAUGUUAUGAAAUAAAUGAAAAAAAAAUAAAAAUAUUAAAAUAUGUAGAUAGCAUUUUGUUAAAUUUAAUCAUUAAUAGAAAUGAUAUAAUUAAAGGAAUAAAUAAUGAUAAUAAUAACAAUAACUCAAAUGAAAAUAAUAAUGACAUAGAUAUAAAUUUAAGAAGUAAUUUUUUUAAUUCUUUAAUUAAUAAGACAAUUUACUAUUUAAAAUUUAUAAAUAAAGGUUCUUCUAUAUAUUAUUUAAAAUAUUUAAAAUUUUUAUUAACGUGUUUUUUAUUAAUGAUAGAGUUUCAUAACGCUUUUCAUACAUACUUAAAAAAAGAUAUAACUGAAAAAUUUAUAUGCUUAUUUUUGAAAAAAAACUUAAACAUAAAUAAUUAUAUUAACGAUUAUGAAAAUAAAUUUGUUGAAAUAGUUAAUUUAUGUAUAUCCAUUUUAAAAUCAAUUUUUUAUCAUUUUUGUUUAAAUCAGUAUAAUUUAAUUAAACAAAAAAAAGUGAGAGAAAAUUAUAUUAAUGUAAAAAACAUGAUGUGUAAUAAAAAUGUAAAUAUAGAUUGUUAUAAUGAAAAUACUUUAGAAUCAAAAAUAAUAAAUAACUUGAUGACAAAUGUAAAAAAUGUGGAAAAUGAUAAUAAGAUUCUUUUUAAUAAAAAUUUAUCUUUAAAGGAAAUCUUAACAUAUAUAAGAGGAGAAGUAAAGCAAGCCUUAUCUAGUGACGAUUUUAUUCUCAUACAUAAUCAGAAAGCAUUAGAAAUUUUUGACUUUUUAAGAAUCUAUUGUAUUAAUAUUUCUUCAGAACAGAUAAUUGAUGUUAUUUUAAAUAUAAAAGAUGAUUUUGAAACAGAAGAAAAUAUUUUUUAUAAUAAUGCAAAAGAUUGCAUAGUUCAAUUAUCAUCGGAACCAUUUUUAUUUUCUAUUUUUAAUCAUUUAUUUGAACCAUUAAUUAAUUCAUUUCAUAAUUAUGCACAUUUUUUGAAAAAUUUUCCUAAUAAUUUAAAAAGUAUACAAGUAGCUGAAUAUUCAGAAGCUAUUAUUCAUCUUGAUGGCUAUUUAAAUAUUUAUUAUAUUUUAUAUCCAUCUUUUCAUAAAAAAAUAAAAGUUGAACAUAUAUUAUGUAUUAUACAAUUUUUUUUAGAUUACUUAAGUAUUAAAUACACACAUCCUUUAAUUAGUUAUAGAAUAGCAUUAAUAAUAAAAAUAUGGCUAAAAAGUUAUAAAGUAUCUUUUCCUUUUAUUGAUGAUAUUACUUUACUUAUAUAUGAAAAUAUUAGAUUUUUAUAUAUGCAGUUGUUAGAAAAAAAUGUCAUUUCUUUAAUUUCAGACAAGGGUUCUUAUUCAAAUGAUUUAAAUUUUCAACAUUUUGCUUUAAAAUCAUCCAAUUUUCUACCAAUACUUUUCUUUAAAUUUAUUUGUUUAUUUAAAUACAUUUUUAAAUAUGAGUAUAUAUAUAAAAAUUAUGAUUAUAUAAAUGAAUUUCUAGUUGGAUCAUUAAUUAAUAUAUUAACAAAAAUAUCAUAUCCCAAGAAUAUCCAGAAAAUUUUAAAAAUAUUAAGUCAUAUUGUUUUUAUGAGUAAUAAAGAAAAAGACAUAACAUUAUUCAAGGAUAAUUAUAAUUUUCUAUUAGAUCUGUAUAUGAGUAGUAAUUUAUGCAUUAAAGAAUAUAUAUUAAAUAUAUUAGUGCAAAUAUUAAAUAAAAAUUAUGAAUAUACUGGAAGUUUAAUUGAAUUUAUGAAUAAAGAAAAUUAUAAUAAUGAUAAUAACAUUCAGAGUAAUGACAAAUUAUGUGAUGAUAUAAUUUUAUUUUAUUUCAGUUUUGAUAUAAUAUCAUAUACAAUGUCAGCAAAAAUAGAAAAACAUAUAUAUCAAGAAAAUCAAAGUAAUGGUAAUUAUUCUUUAAUAAAUUUUCAAUAUAUAAAAGAAAUAAAUUUAGAUAUUGAUAAAACUAUAGAUGAUAAUUUUUAUUCCUUAUGGUUAUGUAUUUUAAAGUUAAUAUCAAAAAAAUUUAGUCAGAAGAAUGAUGAAAUUAUUAAAAAAAUAUGUUCUUUAUAUGUUGUAACUAUCAAUUUUUUAAAUGAUUAUUUUAAAAAAGUAAAAACAGGAAUACAUAUAUAUGAAAUAAGUAAUUUUUGUUUUGAUAUAGUGAUGGAAUAUUUCUGCUUAUUCAUUAUACAUGAAACCCAUGAUUUAUAUUUAACAUAUGAAGCUAUAUCAGCAAAAAUGUUAACAAAUGAUAUUUUAAAACAUAAUAUUUUAAGCAUUAUUGAGAAUAAUUUUAUAAUAAAUGAUGAAAUAAAAAUUGAGAAAUGUAUAUAUAUUUUACAUGUUUGUUUAGGUAUUUACAAAGAUGAUAUAAAAAGUGAAAUGCCUGUUUUAUACACCUAUAUAGCUAAUUUUGUGACAAUCUACUUAAUAAAAGUUUUGUUAAAAUAUUUUAAUAAAUAUUUUAAUUUUUAUAAAUUUAUUCAAGAUAAUCAAAAUAAUAAUAGCAAUGAUCCAUAUAACAAUAAUCCAUCAAUAAAUGACAACAUAAUACGAGAUGAAAGAAAUAAAAUAGGAGAUAUUAAUUAUGACUCAUAUAAUAUGUAUAAUAAUAAUGAAGAAAUAAAUAAUAUAUUUAUAAAUUAUAAUAAAAGUCAUAUUAAUUAUAUAUACAACAAUGUUAUAAAUUAUCAUCAUGAUGAAAAAUUCAUAAAAGAAUUCGCCAAUUUUCAGAAAGAUGUUAAAAUUCUUUUGAAUAUAAAUUAUUUAAAUAACUAUGAUAUAGCAAAAACAUUUAAAAGCUUCAAUUUUUAUACAGUAAAUGCAGAUAAUUUUAGUUAUAUAAAUAAGCAUAGUAUAUUUACGUUAAUUUCUAUUUUAUCGUUAUAUGAAAAUAAUUUCUUAAAUUUUAUUUUAAUAUGUUUUUUCUCUUAUUUUAAGAUUAAUGUUUCUCUAUUUAUAUCUUCCUUUAUAUAUCAGUCACAUUAUAUUCAUAAUAAAAACAUUCUGACGUCCUUAUUAAUAUUUAUUUGUAUAUUAACACAAAAUUAUGUUUUUGUAGAUUUUUCAUCUGUUUUUACUCCAAAAAAUUUUCCAAAUAUUGUGUGUAGCAAAUCUUUUGAAAACCUAAUUUAUGAUAAAAAUAGAAUGGUUAAUUUAUUUAUUUGUAGUAAAGAUGAAAAAAUCUUAUUAAUAAUAGAAUUAUUGAAACUAAUAAAUAAUAUAUUAAAUACAAAUAAGGAUAUUUAUAUUGAAAAAAAAAAUAUUCUUCAUCUAAGUACUAUGUCAUCUAAUUUAGGUGGAAGCAAAAUAUUUCAUUCUUAUAAUUACAAUUAUAUUCUACGUAAUAUUUUAAAUUAUAAUAACUUUCCAAAUAUAUGUAACAAAGCUCUCGAUAAUAUACUUACAUACUUAGUAGAUAUAAAUGAAUUAGAAGAAAAUAAUAAAAAAAAAUUAAUUGUUAACUAUUUAAAAGAAAAUAUAGAUGAUAUGAAUAGUGCUAUAGUUGAUAUGUAUAAAAAAUAUAUGAAUUUUUUAUAG